CCAUGCGCCACCGCUACGAAAUUUGGUGGUUGAAGCCACUUCAUAAACGUCAGUAAUCUCCCCUAUAAUCUUCGGUUCGGACGUUCACCCUGAUAUGAUAACGGUUAUCUUUUUGAUAUCGUCGCGAAUGCGACUCUCAAGGAGAUUGUGAAUUCGGCAAUAUGUUCAGGGUCUUGAGGAACGCAAGAGGAUUCUUCAAACCCUUCGGGAUUGACGUGAAAUGCGUGAGCGAGUUUCUGUACAGCAGAGAGGUUAGGGACGCCAGGAAGAAUGGCCUUCCAAUUGUUGCACUCGAGACAACAAUUGUCACACAUGGGAUGCCAUAUCCUGAUAAUUAUGAGACAGCUGUCAGUGUUGAGAAUGUGAUAAGGAGAAAAGGAGCAGUUCCCGCAACAAUUGGGAUAAUUAACGGUGAAAUUCACGUGGGACUCACCGAGCAGCAGAUAAAUACACUGGCUGUGGAGGCUGGGGGUCCCCAGGGUGCCAUAAAAUGCUCGCAAAGGGACAUUUGUGGUGCUGUGGCUGGAAGAAAAAACGCUGGAACCACCGUUGGAGGUACUGUGACAAUAGCUCAACUGGCUGGAAUUCCUGUGAUGGCAACUGGAGGCAUCGGCGGGGUUCACAGAGGGGCUGAAGAAACGUUCGAUAUUAGUUCGGAUUUGGUUGUCCUGGGGAGGACUCCAGUGGCUGUUGUCUGCGCUGGAGUCAAAGCCAUUCUCGAUAUUCCUAAGACUCUGGAAUUUCUGGAAACACUGGGUGUGCCAGUGAUGGCGAUAGGAGAUACAGAAACAUUCCCAGCGUUUUACAGCCGCAGCACCUCGGAUUACCUGAAAUCCCCAGCUAAAGUAUCUGGAUAUCAACAAGCUGCUGAGUGUAUAAAAGCUCAGAGGGAUUUGGGAUUAAAUUCGGGUCUGGUUUUUGCUGUUCCCAUUCCACAAUCAGCCUCCCUUGACCCAGUGGAGAUCGAGGGAUUCAUUCAAAUGGCCCUGAGGGAGACUGAGAACAGGAAAAUCCGGGGAAAAGCAGUCACACCUUAUUUAUUGAAGAGAAUAACUGAAUUGACCGAGGGAAAAUCACUGGCAGCGAAUAAAAUUCUCAUUCAGAAUAACGCAGCCGUGGCCGCAGAAAUAUCCAUCCACUUAUCUAAAUUACUUAAUCAAAGUGAGGAAAAUUAUGCUAAUGAUAUUAAAAGAAGAAUUCCCGGUGCACCAGUAGUAAUUGGAGGAGCAGUCAAGGACACUCUGCUGCAAUGUGAGGACACCUCUCUCAAAUUUGAUGGCAGAACACACAAGGGAAAGAGCCGGAAGGGCUAUGGAGGAGUUGGAAGGAACAUUGCCGCUGCUCUCGUUGCACUUGGAGUGGAAGGGACCAAGUUCCUGUCGGUUGUUGGUGAUGAUGAGGCUGGAAGGACUAUCGUGAAGGAUCUGGCGGGGGCUGGGGGGACUGUGAGAGUUUUACCGGGUGGAACUACUGCGAGCUACACCGCAGUAGUCGACAGAUCGGGUGAAUGUCGUUUUGCUCUAGGUGAAAUGGAUAUUUUUGAUUCAAUCGACGUAUCCCUCGUGCACGAGAAUCGAUCGGCCCUCGAACAAGCACAGCUCAUAAUUCUCGAUGGUAAUCCACCAGUCGACACUGUCCACCGGGUCAUCGACACUGCUGUUAAUUACCAGAUACCCGUCUGGUAUGAACCUACGGACGUCAGGAAGGCCUGCAAAAUAUUCGACGCUCAUCCUGAGUGGGGAAAGAUCCUCCACUGCAUCACCCCCAACGUGAAAGAACUCUUCGCAAUGUCUGAGUAUUUUUCGAUAAUGAAAAUGGAGGAGAUUCCUCCCGACGGAGCUGUCGAAGUGAUCACUGAUGUCGCGGAAAAAUUGGCUGAGCACAUUCCGGUUGUGAUAGCAACAAUGGGGGCCCAGGGAGUUCUGAUCGCGCGAAAAGGGUCGAAAUCCGAUGUUUUCUACGCGAAAAUCAGCGACAAAUUGUCCCUAAUGGAAACUGGAGAUAUCCAGAGCAGACUCUACCUUCCAAUUUCAACAAUUACUGAACACUCCAGGGGAAAUAAAUUCAGUGUGAGUGGCUGUGGCGACUGUCUAGUCGCAGGAAUUACCUCUGGAGUUCUGCGAGGAUUAAACGAAGAAUCCUGCGUAUCCUUAGGGCUCAAAGCUGCUGGUCUGUCCCUAGAAUCCACCGACGCAGUCCCCCUUUCCCUCAAAAUGCUGUGGUAAGAUAAAUAAAAACGUAUUUUUCUAAAAAAAAACAGUAGACGAGGAAUUAUUGAAAAUAAAAUGCUUCUGCAUUUUUUAUGUUUUAAUAAAAUAUGGGUAACAUUAACAGAUAGUGUUCAAAGAAAACAAAUUGUGAAGUAAAUGGAGAACAAUAUUUCAUGAAUUAUUUCUUCAAUUUCUUGGGGUUUUCCUCAACUGGUUCCUUCUUAUUCACGAUUUUUCUAUUGAAUUUUUU